CGCGCCCCGCCGUCGCCGUGACGGGCAGGCGAGAGGGGACGGAGUUGAUGGCGGCUGCGCGGUAGAGACGCUGGCCUCGCUGGAGCGCAGGGCUGGGCGGAGGCGAAAGGGACUGGCGGCGGCGGCGGCCCGUCGGGACGUCUUCGGCGCAGGCGGGGGUCACUGAAAAGGAAACUGAACAGCCUUCAACAGAGAUACGGUGACAUUUGAAGGAAAACAGAUUCUGCCUUUUUGACACAUCUGAGUGAAGUCGCCAAACAUGUCAGGAAUCAAAAGAACUAUAGAAGAGAUGGACCCAGACUACGAGGAGAUCUCGCAUGUACCUACAAAUAAACGUCAUAAAGCAGUUGAGCAGUCAGCACGAGAUGCUGCAGUACAGAAGAUUGAGGCAAUUAUUAAAGAGCAGUUUUCUGUAGAAAUGAAGAAUAAAGAACAUGAGAUUGAAGUCAUAGAUCAGCGCUUGAUUGAAGCAAGAAGAAUGAUGGAUAAACUGCGAGCCUGCAUUGUUGCAAACUACUAUGCUUCUGCUGGUCUUCUUAAAGUCGGAGAGGGAACCAAGACCUGUGAUCCUAUGGUUUUUAACCAUCCAUCUAUCAAGAGAUUUUUGGAAUCUCCCUCCAGAUCAUCAUCUCCUGCUAAUCAGGGGUCAGAAACUCUGUCAGUUAACCAUUCAGAGAGCGAAUCAUCCCAGCACAUGGAGUAUUUGAUGGGAAAGGACAAUGGCAGCCUGGAUGUAGAAGAGCGAUUAUCAAACAAGCUUGACCAGAGGCUGAGCAAGAAUUCUGGGCAGGGCACUUCUGGUGUUGCUAGAGGUCACAAAGGGGGCCUGAGAAAUGCUGGUCACUCAAAUGAUGAACAUUCGCGGCUGUUUGUGAAGAAAACCAUAGUAGUUGGCAAUGUCUCCAAGUACAUUCCUCCUGACAAGAGAGAAGAGAAUGACCAGUCCACUCAUAAAUGGAUGGUAUAUGUACGAGGUUCCCGAAGAGAACCCAGCAUUGAUCACUUUGUUAAGAAAGUCUGGUUCUUCCUUCAUCCCAGCUACAAACCUAACGAUCUUGUCGAAGUCAGAGAGCCUCCUUUCCACCUGACUAGACGGGGCUGGGGAGAGUUUCCUGUCAGGGUUCAGAUUCAUUUCAAAGACAGCCGGAACAAAAGAAUUGAUAUCAUACACCAUCUGAAGUUGGAUAGGACAUACACAGGUCUACAGACGCUAGGUGCUGAAACGGUGGUGGAUGUUGAAUUGCACCGGCAUUCUUUUAGAGAAGAGUAUGUCUUCUCCCAGUCUUCAGAUUCUGAUCUUUCUGAUGCCCCCACCUCGUUGCAUUUGCCAUUAAAUAUGCCAGCACCUGUAAAAGCAUCCUCACCAAUAAAGCAGAUGCAUGAAUCCAUUACGCAUACUUCUGUUGAGAAAGGGUUCAGAUCUGAAGCCGAAAGACAUACGACCUUCUAUUCCUUGCCAUCGUCUUUAGAACGGACUCCCACAAAGCUGGCUUCACAGAAAGUUACUUUUGGUUCUCACGGCAACUCAGCUUUUCAGCCAAUUGCUGCUAGUUGCAAAAUAGUGCCUCAGGGUCGAAUCCCAAGCCCUGCUGAGUCUCCGGGCAAGUCUUUUCAGCCCAUCACCAUGAGUUGCAAGAUUGUGUCAGGAUCUCCAAUAUCGACCCCAAGUCCUUCUCCACUACCUCGAACUCCAACUUCCACUCCAGUGCAUAUGAAGCAAGGGGCUACCACCCCUGUAGUCAAUAACCCUUACGUUAUUGUGGACAAGCCUGGUCAACCGGUUGGGGCAGCAGCCACCAGCACAGGUAGCCCUGGAAGUAAGGCUUCAAGUGUUUCUCAAGGGACAGCAUCUCCAGUAUCAAAGAUCCCUGGGAGCAGUUUGGUAACCUCCGCUGUCAAGCAAGAAGACUCUCUCUUUGCAACCAUGCCGCCUCUGUGUCCAAUUGGGAGUCACUCCAAGGUACAAAGUCCUAAAUCUGUGACCGGAGGAUUUGGAACAUUUACAAAGGUAAUAAUCAAGCAAGAGCCUGGAGAACCGCCCCAGCAGUCUCCAGCACCAGUGACUGGGACAACCUCUCAGACCUCAGUGCAGCAAUACGUUACGGUGAAAGGAAGUCACAUGAUUUCUUUGUCACCCCAGAAGCAGAUUGUGAGCACUGGAGAGGGAUCCACAUCAUCUAAGGUCAUUGGUGUUCCAGUCGGGUCUGCUUUACCCAAGCAAGCUGUGGCUAUCGGUGGCGGGCAGAUACUAGUAGCAAAAUCCAGCCCUUCAGUCACAAAGGCCAUUGGUGGAAAGCAAGUUGUAACGCAAGGAGUUGCAAAAGCAAUUGUGAGUGGCGGUGGAGGGACCAUCGUGGCUCAGCCUGUGCAGACUUUAACAAAAGCUCAGGUGCCCUCAGGAGCUCCCAAAAGUGGAACUCAAGGACCAGUGAUGGCAACAUUGCAACUUCCAGCCACGAAUCUGGCCAACUUGGCAAAUCUGCCCCCCGGGACUAAGCUGUACCUUACCACAAACAGCAAGAACCCUUCUGGGAAAGGAAAGCUGCUGCUUAUACCUCAAGGAGCCAUUCUGCGAGCCACAAAUAAUGCCAAUCUGCAGUCAGGCUCUUCAGCAAGUGGAGGUGGGGCAGCCCAAAGCACAAGUACUGGCUUAUCACAGCAUCUUACCUACACGUCCUACAUCCUCAAGCAAACACCACAGGGCACCUUUUUAGUUGGCCAGCCUUCUCACCAGAGUUCUGCGAAACAAGCAACAUCUGGAACAGUUGUGCAAGGGAACGCAAGUGCCGGGACACCAUCUGCACAAGGACACCAGGCGUUGAAAGUGAUAACGGGACACAAAACGGCAGCUCUGUUUGCACAGGCAGCUUCCAGUGGACAAGCAUCACUGAUGAAAAUAUCCGAUAAUACACUGAAAACCUUGCCAGCAUCGUCACAGCUCUCGAAACCUGGCACCACUGUGCUAAGAGUAUCUGGUGGAGUGAUCACUGCAGCGACAACGUCGUCCGUGACUCUGCCAACAAAUGGAGUUGCACAGCAAGCGGACAGUGCAAGUUCUAGCUCAUCUCCAGCGGCAGGCCCUGUAGUGAAGGCGUCUGGACAGCAGCCACAAGUUUCUGCCAACCAGGGGCAAGCAGCAUCGGCUGUGCCUAAUAAAACAAAUGCAUCUGCGGUUGUAAGCAUUGCUUCUUGGGUGGCUGCCCCAGCCCCAACCUCUGGGAAAACUGCAGUAUCAGGAUUGUUAAAGAUCCACUCCAGUCAAAAUAGUCCCCAGCAAGCUAUUUUGACGGUUCCCAGCCAACUCAAGCAACUUGGUGUGAGUGCUGCCUCUGGAGGAGUCCAAACAAUAUUGAUGCCCGUGAACAAAGUGAUACAAUCACUUUCAUCCAGCAAAGUAUCUGCUGUUACACCCGUAACCUCAACAAAUGCAGUUGUUCCAAGCCCUUCUGCAGUGUCUGUUGCAAAAGUUAAGCUGGAGCCUGAUUCAGCAGGGCAGAGCUGCAGUUCGCUUGUCUCCCAAGAUGGUCAGGUGACAGUGAAAGCAGAGGAAAGCUCUGAACUUGGAAACUAUGUCAUUGGGACAGAGUAUUUGGACAACCUCCAGCAACUUUUGACAGCAAUAGUAAAGAAAGUGCCAUUGAUUGCUGAGAGAACUGAAGAUGCCAACUCUUAUUGUGCCAGUUCUGUGGAACAAUAUUAUAGCUGGAAUAUUGGAAAACGGAGAGCUGCAGAGUGGCAACGAGCACUGACAAUAAGGAAGAUCCUCCAAGAAAUCAUAGAGAAACACCCAAAAUUUCACAGCAUUGCCCCCUUGAAAACAAAGCAGGUUGUAAAUUGGUGUCGCUCCCGUGGCUACACACCACCUGACCCGGAAACUCUGAGGAAUGAAGAUUCCAUAGAAGAUGUGCUGACACAAAUAGACAACGAGCCAGAAUGCUCAUCUUCUUACACCACUGGGGAAGAACUAUGUCGAAAGCUGGAAGAGCUGGAGCGGUUCCUCAAGCAAGAGCCAGACAAUGACGAGGAAAUAGACAUUAUCAACGUUGCUGAGCCUCUGAAAAUAAACAUUAAAAAGGAACCAGAGGAGAAGCAAGAGGAAGCAAAGUUCUACUUGGCACCCCAACCUACAUCAGAGUUUGUGCGCGAGACAGUGGAGCAGAUAGGAAUUUCCUUUCAGCCUGUAGAGCUGCACAAGAACGUCUAUGCGUCCGUAAUAGAAGAUAUGGUUUUAAAGGCCACAGAGCAACUGGCAAGUGAUAUACUAAGAGAAGCUUUGGCAGUUGGUUACCAAGCAGCACCUCACAGCAGGACUCCAAGAGAGAUCACCGUGAUGAAUAUUCACCAAGCCAUCUGUAACAUUCCCUUUCUGGACUUCCUCACAAACAAGCAUAUGGGAAUAUUGAGUGACGAACAGUGAUCUGGACUGGAAAGCAACAUGAACAGCAGAAUAAAGUUCUUGGCACAAUCCCAUUGUGUUCAAAUAAAUAUAUAUUUUAGUGUUUGGUUUAGGCUACCUUGAAUACUACAAAUUAGUGUUUCAAAUUUUACAAAAAGAGAGAAAGCAUAAAUCUUAAAAAAAAGACCUGUUCCAAAUUCAGCUGCCUAAUUUCAUUAGCAGUUGCUCCUAGGUGAGCUACCUGCGAAAAUUAUGAUAGCACAUUAGAUCAUGGCCUAGACUGCUGGACUCCUGCUUUAUCAAGGAAAUGAUUCAUUGCAUAGGGCUCAGUUAGUGUAAUUCAGAAAUAAAUGCAAGCUUCCUUAAUUCUCUUUGGAGCAUAGCUUCCCCUGACAUUGGUUGUUAAUUGUAAUGAUGGUUAAUGGAAACAAGCCAAAUUCAACCUAUAGUUAAUGAAGCUGGCUUGUUUUCACUUUCCAUCAGUUGGGCAAUAUGUGAAGCUCUGGUUAGUCUAGGACAGAAACGAAAGCUUCUGAUAUCCUUGCUGUUGCACCAGAGGAAGGAAAGCAUACAAGCCCCAUGAGAGGCUUGUUCUUGUAACACUAGACCAGGCUUCUUCAACCUUGGCCCUCCAGAUGUUUUUGGCCUUCAACUCCCAUGAUCCCUAGCUAGCAGGACCAGUAGUCAGGGAUGAUGAGAAUUGUAGUCUCAAAACAUCUGGAGGGCCGAGGUUGAGGAAGCCUGCAUUAGACCAUGACUGAGCAUUACAUACCAAUACAACCAAUGAGUGGCUUAGGUGUAUAGAAAGGCAGCAAAUUCUGUUACGGUGUAAGAUGACAUAAUGAAACAUGGUAAGAAGAAGUCUAGACUAGGUUGAAAGCUUAUCCAAGUUGACAAAUAAUCCAAAAUUGGCUCUUGGAAGGAAGUUGUUGCCAACCCUCAAAUCACAUACCUAAUUUUUCAUUUAUGCUGCGAAAAUAAUAUUCUGUCCACCCCCUACCCAUAGACCACAAUUGGAUCCUACUUGACCAGUAAAAAAACAAAACUUAAGUUAUAGCAUACUGAGUUUUCCUCUAAUUUUUUGCUGAGUCAGUUCAAAUCUUGUUUUAUUUUCUGAUUUUAAAAUCUUCAAUUGUGAGGAGACAUUUGUUUGAAUUCCAGAUAAUAGGAAUUGUUUAGCCCACAUUAAAGUAUGUAAUUGGAAUAUAAUAGCUUCUCUAGGAGAAUACUUUCUCCGAAAUUUGUUGGUUUUCAUGUAUGUGGCUCUUAGGCUAUUAGGGCACAAGGAAGUACAGUUUUUAAAAGAUUUUUUUUU